GAGUGGCCCUCACCCAAAAUUUCAAGAUUCUUGCUUCAUUCUAAUUGUAAGCCAUUAGGGAUAAUUUUGUUUGCUUCAUUUAUGAGGCUUCUCUUUGUUAUCAGUUUACUGGUCAUCAUUCCGUUUCGUAUCUGAUAAUAUCGAAUGUUUACCAAAAGGCACACGCCAAUGCUGCAUAUUUAAAUACCUCCAUCGAUAAUUACAAUAAACUGGAAAUAUUUCGAAACAUGUUCAGUAAUUUGGUAACAUUACACGAUUCAACAUCCUGCAAUCGGCGUGAUGAAAUAUCUUUGGAUUCACCUUUUGGUAUGUUUCGGUUUGAAAUAUGGCAGCGCCCAAGGAUUUGGCAUGAAUCUCAUGAAGGUGGCUGAAGAUGAUCCGGGACAAAUCGUUUGUACUGUGGCUUUGUUAGAGAAAUAUUUUCAUUCUGGCGAAGCCCUAUCAGGGGCGGUGCUACAUUAUACCAUUACCUCGGCAUCGUUGCAUUUGCAAAAGUCGUUGUUACAGGCACUACAUUCAUUGCCAAAAAACCCCUGGUCCAUUGUGGUCAGAGAGUCCAAUAAACGAGGUGACUCCGAUGUGCCCAAUUUCAUUUUACACGAAAAGCCACAGUGCUAUUUCAUGAUCAUCGACAAUAUGGACGAUGAGGAUAUGGAUGAGAUAUUUGAAAAUUGGAAGUUGAGCAUCAACUGGAAUCCGUUGGCCCAAUUUGUGGUGUAUUUGUCGUCGGUGGAAGAGACUGCCGAGGAAAUGACAGAUAUAAUGAUAGAAGUUCUCUUGAAUUUCAUGAACAAGAAGAUCUACAACGUUAAUGUGAUUGGGCAAAAUGAGGAGGAGACCUAUUAUUAUGGCAAGUCAGUGUUUCCCUAUCAUCCGGACAAUAAUUGUGGUAAUCGUGUGAUAACCAUAGAGACAUUAGAUUUGUGUGAUUAUCAGGAUACAGAUAAAUUUGAUGAGGAUGAAGAUGAGGAGGAGGAUGAAGAAGAAGAGGGAGAGGGAGAGGAGGAGGAGGAGGGGGAGGAGAAUGAAGGGGAAGAGGAAGAUCAUUCAAAGGCUGAAGAUGAAUCUGGGUCGGAUGAUGAUGAUGAUAGUGGAAAAGAAGGAGGAGAAGAAGAUGAAGAAGAGAAAAAUACAUCGGAGAGUGAAGACAGCAAUGAAAUGCCAGAGGAUGGAAACAUGGAAGGGAAAGAACCCAAAUUCUACAUUGAAGAAAUGUAUCGGGCGUUGUUUUUGGAUAAAUUCCCUAAAGAUUUAAGUGGCUGCCCCUUGGUGGCCGCCUAUCGUCCCUGGGAACCCUUCAUAUUCAACGAAGCUUUGCAUGAUGCCAUACCAUCAAAUAAUAAAAAUGAAAAACCUUUAGAAUCGGAGGACAAUAAUGCCGAAGAUGAUUACGGCGAUGAUGAAAACUAUAUGGAGGGUGAUGAUAAUGCUGUAGAGUCGGAUUACAAGUCAUAUGAGGAUGAUUUAACUGCCAUCGGUGUGGAAGUCCGUCUGAAUGGCAUUGAAUAUAAAAUGAUACAGACGAUAGCCGAACGACUGCACAUCAGCAUCGAUAUGCAGGUGGAGAACACAAAUGUCUAUCAUUUGUUUCAGCAGCUGAUUGAUGGCGACAUUGAAAUGGUAAUUGGUGGCAUCGAUGAGGAUCCCAGCAUCAGUCAAUAUGUGUCUAGUACAAUACCCUAUCUGCAAGAUGACCUGACGUGGUGUGUGGCCAAGGCCAGGCGUUCGCAUAAUCUCUUCAAUUUCAUGUCCACCUUUGAUGCCAAAGCAUGGUUACUUACGCUCACCUUUAUACUUACCGCCUCCCUGAGCAUAGCCAUGUCCCAGAAAUUCCUGAAACUUCGUUUGCACAUCAUGAAAAGCUAUUUCAGCAUCAAUAUCUAUGUAAUGGGUGUUGUGCUGAGUCAAGCGGUGAAUUUGCCCCGCAUACCUACCAGCCUGCAGCUGUGCUUUGGCACCACUUUCUUCAUGGGUCUCAUUUUCAGCAAUGUUUACCAGAGCUUUUUGAUUAGCACCCUUACAACGCCGAAAUCUUCCUAUCAAAUUAGUCACAUCGAAGAGAUCUACGCCAAUCGCAUGAACGUCAUGGGCAGUGUGGACAAUGUGCGUCACUUGAGCAAGGAGGGUGAGACAUUCCGCUAUGUUCGCGAACAUUUCCACAUGUGCUACAACAUUGAAGAGUGCCUGCACCGGGCAGCUGUUGAUCCCAAAUUGGCUGUGGCAGUUUCACGACAGCACUCCUUCUACAAUCCCCGCAUACCGCGUGACAAUCUCUACUGCUUCGAUCGCAACGAGAACAUCUAUGUUUAUCUGGUGACCAUGUUGUUGCCGAAGAAGUUCCAUUUGCUGCACAAAAUCAAUCCGGUCAUACAGCACAUCAUUGAGUCGGGUCAUCUGCACAAAUGGGCCCGUGAUUUGGAUAUGCGUCGUAAAAUCGUUGAGGAAAUCCAACGUGCCCAUGAGGAGCCAUUUAAAAGUUUAACCCUGGACCAGGUUAUUGGUCCGUUUGCUUUACAUUUUAUCCUGCUGUUGUUUGCCUUGUUUGUAUUUGGCGUGGAACUCUUGGUCCACUGGCUGGUGGUGCAGCGGAGGACAAGAUUGAAGAUUGCCAAAUGUCUUCACAGGAAAUUUCUGUAAGGGAGAGGAUUGAUCAACGUUAUUAUUCAGGAGUUUUAAUAUUCUGUAAAUUGAAAAAAAGAAUCGUAGAUGUGAUACCUGGCGCAGAACAAUGUAUUUGUCAGGGAAUGUCAUGUCAUCAGUAAUAUCCGAAAAAGGAC